AUGAGUAAUAUCUUUGAUCCUGAUUAUGAAUGGACUAAAAAAACUGUUUGUCAUGCAAUUUUUACUAUCAAAUCUCUUAUUUCUCCAAUAGUUGGAAUUAUUUGUGGGAUAAUUGGAGUUCAAGGGUGGUUAGGAUUUGCUAUUUGUUUUGGAUGUGUUAUAUUAAUAUCAUAUUUCUUUGUUGUUUAUUAUUCAUUAGAUGAACUUGAUCCAGAAGUAACAAUUGGUGAUGCAAUAAAUGAAGGGCUUGGAGUUUCUUUAGCAGAAUUCUUACUAUUUUGGAUAAUUUUCUUUACUAUGUUCCAUUCUCAAUGA